AGACCCACUUCCUCCCGAGAGCUCAUAGCUGCAGUGCCGGAGUCAGAUGUGACCAUGGAAAUAAGGCUAUCAGCCAUGGAGAGGCCCCUCACGGUCCUGCGGGUGAGCCUGCACCACCCCACGCCAGGCCCUGCCACCUUCGCCAACGUCCCUCCGCAGCUAGAGCACGACACCAGCCCACUGCUGGUGGGCCGGGGCCCGGAUACCCACCUCCGGCUGCAGCUCCCUCGCCUCUCCCGCCAGCACUUGUCACUGGAACCCUACCUGGAGAAGGGCGGUGCCCGGCUGGCCUUCAACUUGAAGGCUCUGAGCCGCAAGGGCUGCGUGUGGGUCAACGGGCUGACGCUGAGGUUCCUGGAGCAGGUGCCCCUGAGCACCGUCAACAGGGUCGCCUUCUCUGGCAUGCAGAUGGUGGUCCACAUCGAGGGAGGUACCUCCCUGGAGGCCUUUGUCUGCUGCUUCCACCUCAGCCCCUCGCCCCUGAUUUACAGGCUCCAGGCUGAGGAGAGCGACGAAUGGGAAAUCAUCCCCCAGGAGCAGCCUCCCUCAGGUUCAGGGCAGCAGGCUCCGGGUCACCUGGGGUUUCUCGACAGCCCUUCCCAGCCCAGCCCUGGAGGAGCACCAGAAAUACAGCUCCAGAGGGAGCCCCCAGACAGUACGCUCUGCUAGCCCCGCCGGCCACCCCGGAGCAAGCCUUAGCUGAAAUGGGGCUUGAAAUAGUCAAGCUACAUCAUGCAAGGUUGACAAGCCAGGCCUGCCGCGUAAUAAUGAACCUAUUCUGCAAGCAUGAACCACCAGGGGUGAGGGGAGUGCCCUCCACAUCCACAGCUAUGCAAGGUAACAGGAACUUCAUAUACGUUUAGAGGCCCUGAGGGGUUCUGGGAGCCUCUCUCAGUGUUUCCCCACAUUUCCCCCUCUCGUCUGACUAGGAGUUACUUUAUGUUGCUAAUUUUGUGUGCCGCUUAAGAGCCGGAGUUUGAGGUUGC